CAGGAAGACAACCGUAGGCUCCCAGAGCUUUUUGGAAGCUUUACCUAUGGAUCCAUGAGGAUUUUUUUUCUGUGAUAGUGCCAGGUUUAUAACGCAAGGAAAAGAAGGACCAUAAUGAAGCGUGAAGCAUUUUUACAAGUUGUGUCUAAGGACUCAAUUGAAGAAUUCUUGCGUUUUACUCAGAUUCCUAAAAAUACAUUUGAUCCUUUUGACUUGAAUGAACUGCUUCAAGAACUACCAAGAAAACAAAAAGAAAUACUGUGGGAGAAGCUGACACAUCUAUUGACACAGAUUCUGAUGGAGCACCCUGUGGAAACAUGGCAAAGGACUGAAGGUGGUGAAAGUAAUGAUGAUAUGGAAGUUGAGAUAAUUCCAGAAAUGAAACAAACUGUAGCUGUGAUCCAAGGAGUGACAGCUGUAGUUACUGCUUCCAUACCUGUAGUAGAUGAAAAUGUGAACUACAAAGCUCUUCUAGAAUGUGUUCUUAUAUUAAAUGGUAUUCUUCCUGCAUUACCUGAAUCUGAAGAAAUCCUGCAGGGUGCUAUCCAACGUCUAUGUGAAAUGUGGUGGGAAAAAGGACUGGAAGGGAAAGAACAACUAGGGAAAACCAUAUUUAUUAUACUGCUAAGAAAAAGCCUGAGUAAAGCUGCUACGGGUGCAGAUAUAGUUCGUCUAUGGAAUCUACAUCAGACAUUACUUUGUUUUGAUUACGACUUAGAGGACAGUAAUGAAGUCAAGGACUUGUUGCUUCAGUGUUUUAUGAGUGUUAAACACAUUAAGAAAGAAGAGGGAAGAAGAUUCUUGAGUUUUUUAUUCAGCUGGAAUGUGAACUUCAUUAAAAUGAUCCAUGGAACUGUUAAAAACCAAUUACAAUUUUUUCCAAGAUCCUUGAUGGCAUACGUUUCAGAAGUUUACUUCAGAGCUUGGAAGAAGGUGUCAGGAGAGAUCUUAGAGAUACUUGAACAUAACUGUAUUCAAGACUUCAUGCAUCAUGGAAUACACCUUCCUCGAAGUUCUCCUGUUCAUUCUAAAGUGAGAGAGAUGCUGAGUUAUUUUCAUAAGCAAAGUAAAGUUCGUCAAGGAGUUGAAGAAAUGCUGUAUAGGUUAUAUCAACCUAUCCUUUGGAGAGCACUGAAGGCCAGAAACUCAGAAGUUCGAUCAAAUGCAGCAUUUUUGUUUGUUGACGCUUUUCCUAUUCGUGAUCCCCAUUUUGACGCUGAAGAGAUGGACAAUGAAAUUCAGAAACAGUUUGAAGAACUUUUUAACCUCUUGGAGGAUCCCCAUCCAGUUGUCCGCUCUACGGGGAUACUUGGAGUUAGUCAGAUAACAUCCAAAUACUGGGAGAUGAUUCCUCCAACAAUUCUUGCUGAUCUUUUGAAAAAACUAAUUGGAGAGCUGGCAUAUGAUAUAACAUCUACUGAUGUUCGCUGCUCUGUUUUUAAAUGUCUACCAAUAAUUUUGGACAACAGACUAAGUCAUCCAUUACUGGAACAGCUCCUGCCAGCAGCUAAACACAGUCUCCAUGACAAUUCUGAGAAAGUGCGAGUGGCUUUUGUUGAUAUGCUGCUGAAAAUUAAGGCUACCAAGGCUGCUAAGUUCUGGAAAAUCUGUCCCAUGGAGCAUCUUCUGACUCGUCUUGAAGUUGAUUCACGGCCUGUGUCACGGCGCAUAGUGAAUCUCCUGUUCAACUCCUUCUUCCCCAUUAACCAGCCUGAAGACGUAUGGUGUGAACGCUGUGUUACUCUAAUCCAGAUGAAUUCAGCAGCAGCUAGAAAGUUUUAUCAAUAUGCUUAUGAGUAUACUGCCCCCACCAAUAUAGCUAAAUUGAUGCUAACUAUUCGGCGCUGCUUGAAUGCCUGCAUCCAGAAAGCAACGAAAGAGAGUUUUCAUAAUGAUGAUGAUGAUGGCGAUAAUGAAAAUGAAAAGGAGAACAUAAGUGCAUUGAAUAACGUGUUGUCAAUAAAUGAUGUGGCCUCCAUGGCAAGUUUGUUGGAGAUCACUGUAAUUCUUUGGAGAAGUAUUCACAAAGCACUAGAACACAAUGAAGAUGCCAAAGAUUAUGCAAUCAGAAAAUUUGCUUCUGUACUUCCUGAAUAUUUUAAAGUAUUUAAGGAUGAUCGUUGCAUGAUUCCACUGAUUGUCCUGGCAUCCUUUAUGCCACCUGCUGCUAUUCCUACAUUCAGCUGUGGUGUGAUCUCGAAACUCAGAAAUCUUGACAAUGGAGCUGAUGAAAGCAAAUAUUCCACCCUGAUAGACUGCUUGUGUCGCUGGGGUCAAGUGGGACAUAUUAUGGAAUUAGCCUGUGACUGGUUGUCUGACAUGCUAACCCCAAGAAAGAGCAUUAAAACUUCAGAACGACGAGUACGUAUCCAUGUAACGCAUGGAUCAAAGCCGGAAUUAGCACUUGAUUACAUCGAAUAUUUAUUGACGCAUCCUGUUAAUCGAGAUUGCCUGCUCUCUAUUCCUAAAAAGAAACUGAACCAGCUUUUGAGACUUCUCAGUGCUGCAAAGGAGGUUCUUGGCUCAUUUCUGAAAGCGACUGAUACAAGUUCUGGUAACUGCAAUCAAGCAACUGGCCUAAGAGCCUUCAGCCUCUAUUGUAGGUUGAGUAUUCAUCUGCAGAACAAGUUUUCUGAAGAAGGAAAAGAUUACUUUUCACUUCUGAAGGAGACAGGUGCUUGGAUAGAAAGUCAAAUUGUACCCUUUAUACUAGCAAGUGGUCAAGAGGAUGGCAUUUCAGAACACCGUAAUGUUUCUGAGUCAAUUAUCCAGGCCUAUCUGACAGUGUGUAAGGAUGUCAUAAUGGUUGGCCUUGGAAAUCUCAAAUUUCAAACACACUUUUUAGAUAUGGCGCUUUCAGUUAUACAGACAGAGAGAGGUGGCUUUUGUAUUCCAGUAUUAUUGUGUGCUCUUAAAGAAAUUAUUGAAGCUUCUUUGACUCUGAAUAUUGACACAGAUGAAAUGGCAGAUCUUCUCCAUGCUGUUCAGACUGUCUUCCAGAAAGUUUUAGAAUGUGUGGCACGUAGGCUCAAGAAACAGCAGGAAGAAGGGCUUCAGUUGAUUCACUCUAUUCAAAUGCCUCUUGGAGAAUUCAUACACACAGUCCAGUGCUGGCAUUCAACUUACACAGCAGUUCACCACGGUGUAAUCUCAACUCUCCUAGCUGCGGUAGUAGCAGAGAUAAAUCAUGUGCUACAGAAGGCUUCCAGUGAUGGAAACGUAACUAUGCCAAAGACUAUUUCAGACCUCCCUCCUCUUUCGAGCAGUUUAAUGGCCAUAAUUAUGAAGUCAGUUGAUAUUGUCAGAUCAUUUUUAAAUGAAUUAAUGGAGUGCAUUAUCUCUGAAGAAAUUGAAGGGAUUUUUAGUCUUACAGCUACCGUCUGCGUUGUGCUUAUAAUUAGAGGUAAGCACAAAACUUCGCUUCUAAAAGGUAUUGCACCUGCCAUUCAAAGAAAGCUGAUAACGUGCAAGGAAGUUGCCUCAGAAGAAUCUAGCAGCACUGAAAGAACCCUGUAUGAAUCAUCCCUGAAAACUUUGGAUGAACUUUUGAAUCUUUGACCAUACGGAAGCUUUUGUCAUGGAAAUUAAAGGAAAGAAGAUGUAUUGUUUUUGAAACCAUAAUAUUAUCUUGUAAGCAUACUAAUACCUAAAGUUUAUAUUCUGUUACUUUGUAGAUUUAAAGUAAGCAAAAUGUAUAAAAGUGUAUAUAGGAAUAAUGUAAAGAUUUUCAAAUGUCUUUAAGAAGGAUAUACUGUAUAAAAUUGUUACAUUUAGGGGGGAAGUAAAAUGAAUAUCUUUAUAUGUGUUUUUUAUUAAAUAAUAACCUCUCUAAUACUUUGAGAUUGAGGAAGCACAUAACCUCAGUCCCUGGGAAGAUUAUGAAGCGUAUUCAUGGAGGUUAUGGAAAACAUUUCCAGACCCACAAAGAACUAAACGGUGAUGUGGAAUUCUCCAAGGAAAAUUCUGCCUAACCGACUUGAUUUCCUUCCUUUUGCAGACGAAGGGAGAGCAAUGGAUUCCAUUUUUCUUGUUCUUAGCAAGGCUUUUGACACAGGCUCAUAUAGUAUCCUUAGAGUUAAACUGCAGAGAGACAGAUUGGAUGGGUGGAACCACAAGGUGGGUGGAAAACAGGCUGGACAUCAGCCUUGAAGAGCAAGGGUGCUGUGCAGUCCAAGCCUGUUACUAGUGACCUUACUCAGGGUAGAUAUUGUGUCCAAUACUGUUUAACAUCUUCAUUUUAAAACUCGGGCAAUGGGAUGCAAUGCACCCUCACUCAGUUUCAGAUGACACCAAGUUUGGAGCAGUGGUUGAUAUGUCAAAGGGUAGGGUUGCCAUUCAGAGGGAAUCUUGACAGGCUGGAGGUAAGGGCUAACCUAAAUCUCAUGAAGUUCAACAAAGACACAUGCAACAUCCUCCACCUGGGAUGGAAUAGUCCUGUACACCAGCAAAAGCUGGGGGCCACCUGCCUGGAAGGUAGUUCUUUAGCAAGAAUCUGGCUGUGCUGGUGGACAACUUGAACAGCAGCCAGCAGUGCAUCUUUGCAGCAAUGAAGUAUGACCACAAACUGGGCUGCAUUAGCCAGAGCCUAGCCAGUAGGUUGAGGGAAGUGAUUAUUCCUUUCUGUUUGGUGUUUGUGAGGGCUACAUCUCACUGGAUUACUGUGAACAUUUGGGUUCCCCUCUACAAAAGGAAAUAGCAACUGCAGAGAGACCAAUGGAGCGCCACCAAGAUGGCUAGGCGCUGGAGCACGUGGCAAGCAAGGACAAGCUGAGGAGUGUUCAACCUUGAGAAAAGAAGGAUAAGUAAGGGAGGACCUUAUUGCUGCCUUGUCCAGCCUAACAGAGGAUUAAGGAAAGGCUUUUCAGAGGUGCACAGCAGGAGAACAAGAGGCAAUGGACAGAAGUUGCAGCAAGAGGAAUUCGUAGUGGACAUGAAAGUUUCUUCGUGAUGAGACUGAAUUGAAAUUGGAGAUUGAACUGGAACAGGUCGCUCAGAGAGACUGUGGAACAUCCAUCCUUGGAGAUGUGCUGAACUUGAGCUUCACUGAGCAAGUCCCUGACCAACCUGAUCUAAUUUUGAUAGCCCUGCUUGAGUGGGGGGUUGGACCAGAUUACCUCCUGAGCUUUCUCCUAACCUAAAUUAUUCUGUGAUUCUAUUACAAGUAUACUGGAGGAGAAGUGCCCCAGAUAUUAAAUAUAUAUUUGAUAAAUACAUAAGUUGUUUUAUAUUUUGCUAUUUUUAUAAAUUAAGACUAAUGAUGCAGAUAAUGCAGACAUGUAAGCCCCUUAUUUGACUUUGUUAAUGCAACCAGAUGCUUUCCUAAAACUAGUAAUAGAAUGUUGACUGCAGAUUAAGUUAUUUUGCCUUAACUAAGGCAUCUAUAAUUUCAGUGUCUGAGCUCAUAAUGCUAUAUUUUUGUCUAUUUUAGAAGGAGAUCUAAUAAGCAUCUCUAAAAAAGGAUUCAGCUACAGACUGUAAAAGGACCACCUUAGAUUUUGGAUAUUUAACUCCUAGUUAUCUACAAUUAACCGAGAUGAUUCCCCCACCUUGUGUCUAUACAAAUGGUUCACUGGAGUCUCCAGUGUGUUACUGAGUGGCUUUGAAACUGCAGUUAGCAAGUUUGGCUAAACUAAGAUGGACUCCUCAUUCUUGAUUAGGAUCUGUGCACAGUGCCUUACCCCCUUGCAAAUCAUCUAUCUAAAUAUAGGCAUCUACUGUGCUAUUUUUCUUUCUGUAGUUGGAGUUCAUAAGAUUUUUCUAGUAUCUGUGCUCUCUCAAAUGGGAUAAACUAGCAUUUCCCUGCUUUACACUCGAUUCAUAUUUAGCCUUAGUGCACACCAGCUUCCCUACCGGAAUAAAAGCUUAGUUGGAAUGUCUGUAUUUAAAAACAGUCAUAUACUUUAUAAACAACUGUCAGACUUUGCAACAGGAAAAUUGGUAGGUAUAUGGAUAAGUGAAUUCCAGAAGAUUUACAUUAUCCACAACAGUAGCCUGAGCCAAAAAAUUAAUGCUGCCACAGCAGGCAUCCGUAGAUCUGCCAACUGUUUAUCUAUCAACAUCUUUAUAUGUGUUCUUUGGCCUCCACUCUUCGACAUCUGUUAACAGGCAGGUGUUCCAGUAAUGACCUUUUAAAUCUUCUAAUUAUACAAAUUAGUUAAUGAAUAUGUAAAUCCAUUUUUUUCUGCUUCUUAUUCUUUCACUAUUUGCUCAUAUUAUUAGAUUAGAAGAGAAACCAUUAUUUUCCUGUUUUUCCUCUGUGUGUUAUACUGUUCUUUCAGUGGUCACUUCUCAUGGAAUAUCUGUUACAGACCCAAUAUCCCAGAGCCUGAAAGAAGUAAAGGUAACUACCAACAUGACAAAAAUGCAAAUUUCUUCUGAAGAAACUCAGAGGUGAUAUUGCUAGGAAGGGUAAGAAAAUUUUAAAAUAAACUUCUGACUUCCUGGUGGUGGGUACUCAAGUGGUUUUCAAAAGUGUUGAAAUAGUUUUCAGUUAGCAGUGCAGCUGGUAAAAUGCGGCUCGAGUUUUAGUCCAGCUAUAUUGUAACCGCUCAGACAGAAUGAAAAUCGUUGGCUUUCUGCAACAGAAGUAAUGAUGUUGUCAGGAUUUCUUGAGUCCAAGUCUGCCAGUGCUUUCUCCUUGGGACUUUGUGGAAAUUUUCACACCGAUACAAUAGGAUUUUUAGGUUUUAUUCUCUGUUCUCAUUGCAAAAGUAUCUAACUCUUGCCAACAUGUUAAAUCUGUGCAUUUUUCUUAUGUUCAAGAUAUAAGUAGUAUGUGCCUUAGACUGAAUUAUUUUUUGGAAACCUGUAAAGCAGAGAAUUGUUUUAUCUUACUAAUUUAAAAUUUGGGGGAGAGCGGUUGUUUUUGUUUUUUUUUCUCAUUAUAGCCUAAUUUUGACCUUCAGAACAGUUUAUUCAGCUAGCUGCACUAUACACACUGUACGUUUGAAAACUUAUAAUUUUAAAGCAGCUCCUUUGAGAUCUGUUCAGCCUUUGCAGGAAAUUGAACUUGGUUUUGAUUAAUAAAAUUGUUUGAAAUAUGAAGAAGAUAUGCUAUUCAAAGACAUU